CGGUAUUGUGUGGUGUGUUGACAUCCGCUUCACUCUUAGGCACUCCUUUACAUCUGUCAACCGGACUUGGGAUAACCCUCAGGAGACUAAAUUUGCUCGGGUACCUCGGUGUCGAGCGGUUACAUGAGGAGAGUCACGGUAACUUGAGCGGGUUGGUGCUCGGCGGCCGGACGGGCGACGAUGGCCGGGCUGUUGUUGCUGUUUCUCGGUGGUCUGCUGGAGGUUUGCAGCGGCGUCUCGGCAAACAGAGGGGGGUAUCCAACCUUCACAGAUGAAAUCCCUUUCAAAAUCACCUGGCCGGGGGCUGAGUUCACGCUGCCAGCAUCCGGUGCACUUUACAGCGAGGAUGACUUUGUCAUCAUGACAACAACAGAGAAGGAGAAAUACAAAUGCCUCCUGCCUUCCUUGUCAGCUGGAGAUGAGGAUGAGGAUAAAGAUUACAGCGGGCCAAGUCCGCGUGCCUUGCUGGAGCCUCUCUUCAAGCAGAGCAGCUGUUCCUACAGGAUUGAGUCAUACUGGACAUAUGAAGUGUGCCAUGGGAAGCAUAUAAGACAGUAUCAUGAAGAGAAAGAGACUGGGCAGAAAAUCAGCGUUCAGGAAUACUUCCUUGGAAACAUGGCGCAGGGGAGCCCCUCUGCCACAACAGAAAAAGUGGAAGAGGCAGACAGUGCAAAAUCUGAAACAGAGAAAGAGGUGCCUACUAAGAAUAUAGAAGGUCAGCUGACUCCCUACUACCCUUUGGAGAUGGGGAAUGGGACUCCCUGUGUGCUGAAACAGAACCAGCCUCGCUCCACGUCUGUGCUGUAUGUCUGCCAUCCAGAGGCCAAGCAUGAGAUCCUGUCCAUCGCUGAAGUCACCACCUGUGAAUAUGAGGUGGUGGUGCUGACUCCACUGCUCUGUGCACACCCAAAAUACAGGUUCAAGUCGUCCCCGGUGAACAACAUAUUCUGCCAGGCUCUGUCGGGCUCCCCUCUGCGGCCUCAGCGUCUCACCCAGCUGGACAGGGAGCAAGAGGAACAGCUCAAACCUCCUUUCAGUGCCGCCUCUGACGCCAGGGAGGAGGAGGUGUCACCAGUGAGAGAGGAGGCGUUCACCUCCACUCACAAGCCCAUGACCGUUGGUGGGCAGUCUCAGGUCACCGUCGGCACCACACACAUCUCCCGUCUGACGGAUGACCAGCUGAUCAAGGAGUUCCUCAGCGGCUCAUACUGUCUGCACGGGGGUGUAGGUUGGUGGAAAUAUGAGUUCUGUUACGGAAAACAUGUACAUCAGUAUCAUGAGGUGAGGGUCCCUUUUGGGUCCCUUUUGGAUGAUAAGGAGCAAGGGAAGAACAUUGUGGUGGUGGGGAGCUGGAACAUCGAGGAGCAUCUUGAAUGGGCCAAGAAGAACGUGGCCCGCUCCUACCAGCUCAAGGACGACGGAGUGCAGAAAGUCAAGUUGGUCUCCCACUUUUACGGCCACGGGGACAUGUGUGAUUUGACAGGGAAGCCCAGACAGGUCAUCGUCAAACUCAAAUGCAAGGAGUCUGACUCUCCUCAUGCCGUCACUGUCUACAUGCUGGAGCCUCAGACCUGUCAGUACAUCCUUGGGGUUGAGUCUCCAGUCAUAUGCAGGAUUCUCGACACCGCUGAUGAGCACGGACUUCUGUCAGUCUCCAACUAAACGGACAAAAAUCAGCAAGUGGGCAUGAAGGAAUCGGACAGGCGUGCGCUUGAGGAGAGAGGACGUUGAAAUAGAAAUAGAAGAUUGUGUGGAGGAAGAAAGACGCCCAUGAUACUGCAGUAAAGCCAGAAUAAAGGUUGAGGUAGUCACAGGCUGAUCCUAAGGCUGCAUUAAUGUAACCCAGGAGCAAAACUCCAGCCCAUGACCUGAUCAGUGUGUGAUGGGUCAUGCUGCACUCCUGCAGACGGAUAAAUUCAGACUUUCAGAAAACAAAGCGACAUUGGGCAGACUCCUCACUCCAUAAGGCAGCGGACCUGUUGCCUGUACUUGGUAUCUGUGCUUCUCUUUGUGUUAAUUAACGGCAAAGCAAAGGAACGAUGAAUCAGGGGGAUUCAUUAUCAUCAGGGGAAUCAAUGUUCUUGGUGAUUUUUAUUGUCAUUUUAAGUCUGUUUCAUGUGUGUGGGUAAUUUGAAAUGAUUAGCUGCUUGACCGUGGCACUUUGCACUUGUAGGUUUGAAACAAAGUGAGUUUGAAAGCGUGUUCUGCAGUAGUGAGAAUGUGUACUUGGUUUUGUUAUUUUACAGGAUGAGUGAGUGUAACUUAUGAACUAGCUUGUGCUGUGAAAUAGCAACGGGUGAGUGUUCCUGUAUGGACAUAUGUCAGUCUGUGGGUCCUUAUAAGAGGUGAUAUGGUUUUAUAAGGACACACACUGGGGUUCUGAUCACUGCUGUACUGUGGAAAAUUAAUUGGCUGCAAAGAAUAAAACUAAGAUGAAACACAA